CAAGCCCUUACGAAAUGGCAAAGCCUUCUAGGAGAGAAUGGACGAAGAUCGACAAAGGAAUGGCUUCCUUUUAUUUCUUUGUUCAUGUGCUUUGUAUUUUUGCCCCAUUUUAUUUCAAUUGGAGUGCAUUUUGGGUUGCUUUUGCAUUACAUAACAUUACGGGACUUUUCGGUAUUAGUAUUUCAUAUCAUAGAAAUCUUUCACAUCGAAGCUUUAAGCUCUCUAAGUUCUUUGAAUACUUAUUUGCUUAUUGUGGAGUUCAUGCAUUACAGGGUGAUCCAAUCGGUUGGGUGAGCACGCAUAGAAGUCAUCAUCAGUUUGUUGAUACUGAAAGGGAUCCACAUAGUCCUGUUCAAGGAUUUUUGUUUAGUCAUAUGACUUGGUUGUUUGAUUCCAAUUUUUAUGCUAAAAAAGUUUGUUCAAAUCCGUCCUUUAAUAAUUUUAAAGAGAUUGAAAAAAAGAAUUUUUUAAGUGUUAGGAAAUAUGGGAGAGCAGAUAAUGUUGGUGACUUGGAGAAGCAAACUUUCUAUAGAUUUAUUCACAAAACCUAUCUUCUUCAUCCAAUUAUUCUUGCAAUCCUACUUUUUCUUGUUGGGGGAACUCCUUUUCUCAUAUGGGGAAUGGGCGUGAGGAUUGUAACGCUCCUACACUCAACAUUUAUGGUAAACUCAAUAUGUCAUACAUGGGGAAAGCAACCAUGGAAAAAUAACAAUUUAUCUACAAACAAUUGGUUACUGGGUUUGGUUGUAUAUGGAGAAGGGUGGCACAAUAAUCACCAUGCUUUUGAGUAUUCGGCUAGAUUUGGACUAGAAUGGUGGGAAAUCGACUUUGGUUGGUAUGUGAUUAUGUUACUUCAAGCCAUUGGAGUGGCCACUAAUGUCAAACAGCCUUCCCAAGCCCACAAACAAAGAAUGAACCAAAAUGCCUCAUUGUAGGUAUAUUAAUGAAUGUAUGAUCCAAACUCAUAUAAUUAUUAUUAACGUUUUGAACAUCAAUGUGAAAUAUGGAUAAAAUGUUAUCUU